CGCCCUCAGGAGCAUGCUCAGUGCGCCUCCCUUCCCCGCGCCCCCAGCCCGCGCCCCGCUCUCGCGUUCACCCCCCCGCACCGCACCCAGGCGCGCUCCCGGGCACCCCAGCCCGUCUUUGCUUCCGCACCCCUCCCCCGGGCCUCGGCUGGCGAGGACACGUCAGGGGACAUAAAUAAAUAAAUAAUUCCAUUCAGCGGAUGACAGCGAGGCGAGGCGGCUGCAGCUGGGCGGGGGGACCGGGAGAGCAGCGGUGCGCACCGGGUGUCAGAGCCAGGAGUCAAGCUUGUCAUGUGGUGCUCUCCAGCGGAGACUUACACAAGGGCAUCUGGGCACCGUGAACUCAGAACAGUACGCCAAUAGAGAUAUCUUAGCUGAGGACCGAACCCAGGGCCUUGCACUUGCUAGAUAAUCUGGAGCCUGCUCUACCUUUCCCUUCACAUUGCCUUCAAAUAUUGCACAUCAACAUAAAGUGACUAGGCUUAACUACUCUACAUACCACCGAAACCUGUUAAAGUGGUCAUCUAACAACAGGUUGUUUUCGUCUCCAGUAGAAGCUCAGAAAUGCCAUCAGAGUCUUCAGUAAAGGCAACGGCGGCGCCGCCUCCAUUCCCACUUCCUCCGGACGGAGGGUGGGGCUGGGUUGUAGUCUGCGCAUCCUUCAUCUCCAUUGGGUUCUCCUAUGCCUUCCCCAAAGCCGUCACGGUAUUCUUCAAUGACAUCAAGGACAUUUUCAAGACCACCUCCAGUCAGAUCGCGUGGAUAUCCUCCAUUAUGCUGGCUGUCAUGUACGCAGGAGGUCCCAUCAGUAGUGUGUUGGUGAAUAACUAUGGCAGCCGGCCUGUGGUGAUAGUAGGAGGAUUACUGUGCUGUACUGGAAUGAUCUUGGCUUCUUUCAGCAGCAGUGUGAUAGAACUUUACCUCACCGUCGGCUUCAUUGGAGGUUUAGGAUUAGCAUUCAACCUGCAACCAGCCUUAACAAUAAUCGGAAAAUACUUCUAUAGGAAGCGACCCCUUGCAAAUGGCUUUGCCAUGGCUGGAAGUCCUGUUUUCUUAAGCACACUGGCUCCUUUCAAUCAGUUCCUAUUUAACAGCUAUGGCUGGAAGGGGAGUUUUUUGAUUUUGGGGGCCAUAUUUUUGCACUCCUGUGUGGCCGGGUGCCUCAUGAGACCUGUCGGGCCAAGUCCACGUGCUGCGAAGUCUAAAAGUAAGGUUGGCUCAAGACAAGAUUCAAGUACGAAGAGACUCAGUAAGGUAUCAACAGCAGAAAAGAUUAAUCGGUUUUUAGAUUUCGGCCUUUUUACACAUAGAGGAUUUUUGAUCUACCUGUCUGGAAAUGUCGUGUUGUUUUUAGGGAUGUUUGCCCCUAUUAUAUUCUUGGCUCCGUAUGCUAAGGACAAAGGAGUGGAUGACUAUAAUUCAGCUUUCUUGCUGUCUGUGAUGGCUUUUACCGAUAUGUUUGCUCGGCCUUCGGUAGGAUUAAUAGCCAACACUAGCUUAAUCCGUCCACGAAUCCAGUACUUGUUCAGCGUGGCAAUCAUGUUCACUGGCAUAUGCCAUCUCCUCUGCCCCCUAGCCCAUUCCUACACAGCUUUGGUGGUCUACGUUAUAUUUUUUGGAAUAGGAUUUGGAAGUAUUAGCAGUCUCCUCUUUGAAUGUCUUAUGGACCAGGUUGGAGCCUCCAGGUUCUCCAGUGCUGUGGGGCUCGUCACUAUCGUGGAGUGUUGCCCAGUUCUUUUCGGCCCUCCCCUGGCUGGUAAAUUGCUCGAUAUAACUGGACAAUAUAAAUACCUGUACAUAGCCAGUGGGAUAGUCGUGUUAUCAUCAGGCAUUUACCUACUGAUUUGCAAUGCUAUAAACUAUAGACUUCUCGAGAAGGAAAGGAAGAGAGAGAAAGCAAGGAGGAAGAAAUCAGCCUCGCAGGCAUCCAAAGAAAUGGAGGCUUUGAGCAGAUCUAAACAGGACGAUGUUACUGUGAAAGUUUCAAAUACACACAAUCCUCCCUCAGACAGGGACAAAGAAAGUAGUAUUUAACAAGUCUCAUCUCCGAAUCAGUGUUCAGAAAUUUAAUUAUGAGUUUCUUUGUGUUUUUUUCAAUGAAUUGCAAAGGAUUUUAGCUGCAACAAAAGAUCGCAAACAGUAACGAAACUGGUAUCUUCCUCAAUGACGAACUAAAAAUCAGUGCUUUAAUAUUUGUUAAAGAUGGUUAACUUUUGAGAUUGUGCACAUAAAAAAUCCACACAGCUGCUUAUCUGCACACCAAAGCUGUGAUGAAAAUGAAUUUUUUUAAAUCUUCUGCCAACUUUUACUUUUAGCUAUAGAAUGAGAUCUGCAUCCCAGACCCCGGCUGACCUAAGCACAAUUCAACAUUAAUUCCACAUAACUACCCUCUUCAAGGUUCAUUUUUCGUCGGAUACUAAGUCAUGAAGUGAAUUGAAGACAAUCAUUCUUUCUAUUCAACACACAAAGAAUUACACAUGUAGCCACGCAAACACUGAGUAACGGGAUAUCAUAAAGAAAUAAAUGAAUUUGAAAAAAUUAUUAUCAUAGUCAUUUUUAAGUCAAAGGAAAUAAGACUCUGGAAAGUGGGAAUGUAAUAUAUUUGUGUGCAGUCAUCCAGUGUGGAUUAAAAAUAACAGUCUAUGUUGAAAAUUCAAGUGUUAUUAACUCAAAACAAGCUAAAGGGGAAACUAUCUACAUGGGUAAGUUUGGCUAAAAACCAAACAGAACUAACUAGUUUUCACCAUCAAUCUGCCACAUUUGUGCCUAUUUAAUCCACAUACCUGUCUGCACUGUUUCAGACAAUAGAACCCCUUGAUGAAUUUCUGGAAUUCAUACCUAACACAUAAAUUGACUUAAAAAAAGUAGCGACGCUGAAAAAUCAGCUGAAUCCAUUGACUUUAGAAGCAUCUUAAGUCAUGAUGUAUAUCUUUUGAUGACUUUUUAAAAACUGGGCUCAAUGCAGAUUUAAUGGUGUGCUGAACUAUCCAAGCCAAAUGAAUUAGAAGAGCUAACAUGUUUAAGUAGACUAGCUUGUAUUUUUUUCCCAGCACAAAGUAGUGACAUAAGCUUAAUUUCACAAGUAAUGCACAGGAGUAGAACUGACAAGACCAGGGGUCAUUUCUAAUCCCACUAACAAUGACUUAAAAUUCUUUACUACAAUAAACAAAAUGAAAAAAAAACAAAACAAAAAACAAAUGCAGGCCUUGAAUUCAGUCCCAGAAGAUACGUCAUGGUAUAAAAGAAAAAGGGGAAACACUUGAAAAUUCUGCCCUCCAUUGAUUGGACUAACCAUCACUGAGAAUAGAACCCAGAACUGGGUCGUGUCCCCAGGAUACUUCUAUCAAUAUAAGCUGUGGGGAUGGACAGGCAUGUAGUUUAUGACACAAUAGCAACAUGGAGGAAAUUUGUUGCUCAAGUCACUUUAGUAUUUUGCUUAUUUUCCAACCCAGUGUCUAGAAUUCAAACAUCAUUCUUAUGACACUCUUUGAGACAGUUUGUAUUUUCCUAUUGUGUACAUAGCAACUGAAAUUAAAUAUAUGUCUCAUGUCUGGUUUCACUUUCUGAUAAAUAGGAAAAAUGUAGUGCUUUAUUAUGUCACUCUUACAAUGUCUUCUUCUUCCUCCUCCUCCUCCUCUUCCUCUCCCUUUCCCUCUCCCUCCCACUCUCCCUCUCCCUCUCCUUCUUCCUCUUCCUCUUCCCUUUCAAUAGAGGUGGGUGCUAUUCUUAUUUCUUAGAAGACUCUACCUAGACAACACAUUUUCAUGAUGUUAUCAUUCAAGGUUUGUUUUGCCCAAUACAUUUAUACACUGCUUCAUACCUGUGGUUUAUAGGUUUAUAUUUAGGGAACAAAAUAGGAUUUGGGUUAUCAAUUGCUUUCUUGAAUAUGAAAAUGUUUCUAAUUUGCAAUUCAAUAGAAACAAGGUGUGCCAAUAUUGUAGAGAAAUCCAGCAGGGCAAUAUGUGAAACCAUAUGACUUUCAAACAGGUUCCCCCCAUUUUGAAUGACCUUCUUUAUAUGAUUAUUUCCUUUAUAACCACUUCUGUGUGUCCAAAGAAAUCAUCCUAGUCAACCACAAAUGCUUCCAAUAAGAGUAUCUUGCACUGUUUGAAAAUACAUUUGAAAACCAUUAUACCAACUAACACAACAGGAGGAGAGAGGCAGUAAGUCGGUGAGCAUGGGAUCUGCAGUCAAAGUUCGUGUGCUCUACUACCUGCAUGAGGAGAUGCCGUUGGUGAAUUCCAGUGCCUUUCUUUUUCCCUGGGAAGUGGUGAUGCCACUUGCAGAUGGAUCAAAUCAAAACCAAAUUGCAUUUCCCUAGUUGUUUUUCGGUUGUCUUGAUUCGCUUCAUUUGCCAUGGUUUUUGCAUUGAUUUUCUUUCUUAGAAAAGAGGGUGGAGGGAUUGCAGAGCACAUGACCAGAUGUGUGACGUCAUGCUGCAAAUGUGACGUGAGUGUGCGCAUCUGUAAUGGAUGGGUCCUAAGUUAAGCCAUGUCUCAACUUGAGUCAGUAACAAAAUCAUAGUAGAAAAGAAUCCAGUCGUUUGCUUUUACCAGUGCACUGCCUCUGUUGAAAUGUUUGCUGCUUUAAUGAGAUCUUUCAGAGACUGAGGAAAGAAUACUGACCUAAAGCAUGUGUCCCUAAUCACCCAAGUAGGGGAGGAAAUGUCACUGUCAUUUUUGUCUGAAACUUUAGGGUUAAAUACAUCCCUGACACCAAGGAACAACAGAUUUUAGAUGUUCAAGACAAGAAACUAGAUUGAUAUCAUUGAAAUGGCCACUACGUCCCGCUGAUCACCUCAAAACUAUACAAAAGGAACUAUAGUACUCACAAUUUAUGAUUGUUAGCUAGCUUACAUAUUUUGUCAUUUUUGUUAAACAUCCCAUAUCUUUUGCUAUUUAUUUCUUCAUUGUCCAUAGACAUUUAAGUGGGUAUGGACUUGUUCUGGCCUAUUCUUUCCAAAUCCUUUUUGAAGAGACAAGGAACUAGAAAACAUAGCAUUUCCUCAAUAUAAAUUCACAUGACUCACAGGCUUCCCCUUUCUCUUCUGUGUUCCAACUGCCUUCCCUCACACAGUCACAUGCUCCACCCAGACAACAGAAAAUAAGCAAAACAGUUCAAUCUGGUAUGUUCAAAAGUACGCUAUAAAGGCAUCGACUCACUUGUUUCUACCCCUACAACCUGACAGUAUGGAAAAUUAUAAAUAUAAUUGUAUAUACAUGUUAUAAAUAUUUGAAAUUACAUUUACCAAAAGAAUGCCUUAUAAAGAAAAAACUCAUAUAUGAUUUCUAAUCUUUAAUAAAAUAAAUUAUCCCAAAAGUUUGGCUCAAUUUCUUGGGAGGAUGCAAAUUAGAGCAGGGCUUAAGAGAUCUGUGACAUGAAUUUUGCCUACAUAAUACCUUUUAAUAUUUAAACCAAAGAAGUUUAGCUUGAUAAAGAAAUCAUUAACUUAAUACAAUAGAAUCACACACACGUACGCACACAUGUGCAAGCUCAGGAAAUGUUAAAAAUAGUGUAUUGUUAAACCAAAUUUUAAUCUUUGGUUUAUCGCAAAGCAAGAAAAGUCCCUAGGUUAUUCAUUCAACUUCCAAAUACAGAUGACUGUAUCCUAAGCAGGUAGAAAGACAUAUAAAAGAGUAAACUUCCUGUUAGAAAUUAGACCUAACUUCAAUCUGUAUAAUGAUUUAUUCUAUGUCCGUUAGCAAUUGUAAGGAAAACAGUAACAAAUUGCCUGCUUCUCUUAGCAGUUUAAAUGAUCUCAAAUGAUAAUUAUAUAGUAUCUGUGUUUUCAUAAAACCUUGUCUCGUAUAAAUGAUGGAAUGUUUAUAUAACCCCUGACAUUGGAACAGAAGGAACCAUUUUUUUUAAUUACACAUAAACUCUAUUCCUAUGUCUGUUGCCACAGAUAGGUAUAAACUGUAAACUAUAAAACUUCAAAACAUGCUAAUUUGGAUUCUAGUGACUAUCUCAUUUAUAGGAUUGCUCCAGAUAUCAAGAAGUGUUUGUGAAAUAAUUCAUUUCAUUGGGACAGUAUAUGCUUAUGUUCACUAUUUGAAAAUAGAAACACACCCUACAUAGCUACCUUUCGACUUCCUCUUAGUGUGCUCUUUGUUCCACGGAGAACAAAGCUGUUACUGCUUUUGUAGUCUUCCUUACAGACUCUUCAGAGAGCUAAUGCACGCCUCCUUGCUUGAGAUCAAUCUCAACCCACCGUUUUCCGCACGAUGUCCUCAGUGAUACAGGUACCCUUUUUAAUUUGUGAUUGUCAAGAAUAGCUUCUCGGAGGCAGUAUGUACCUCAGGUCAGAACUUCACAUCCUCACGCAUGUUGAAGAUGCUUCUGACUCUAGGCCUGAGAGUGCUGAGAAUGGAAAGGUAUUGGUGGUCUUAAAGACUUCUUUCAAAUGUGGGUGUUCUUUUCCAUAUGCAUGAUAAAUACAUUAUUGAAUCUGAUUGACAAUCUAGGAAAAUAAAUCAAGCUGUCCUUGGCACUUACCUUCUGGAACUUCCCCAAUUCUCUGAAAGUGCCUUAGACCUUCAAGAACUAGAAUUAACAGCAGUGCACCAUGGUGUUGUUAAUACAGUGGAGCCACAUAUGCAGAUCCACCACCACCAUUGGCAGUUAUAAAUGUCACUCAGAUAGUUUUAAAGUCUUCCACAAUAUCAUCACUUUUACAGAUUUGACUUCUGUGUGUCCAUGUGCUUCUGCAUGUUUGAGAGCACAGGUAAAAAGCCAGGGGACACAUGGCAGGAACUCUCAUGUAGUAAAGCAAGUUAUUUCUAUUAACACACUUCAAUGAACAAUGUGCUAAGGCCAUCAUUUUUAACGUGCAAACUUUAGUCUUUGAGUGUUCAUACCCAGUAGAAUUUGCAUCUUCACACAGUCUCAUAAGAUUAGGAGUUCUCGUCUUGCUUUCUUUGAUACAGACAGCGUCUGAAAAACUUACGAUAGUAUUGUGCAUGACAUUUCCAAAUAUCUCUACAUUGAGCAAAUGAUCAACAUUGAACAGAAUCAUGCCUAUUCCAGUCCCCACUGCUUCUUACGGUCCUUCCUGCCCUUCUCAGCCAUUUUAUUUCUUUUUUGAAUAUCCUUUCCCUGUAACGUUCAGAUAUGCACAAAGUCUUUAAGAUUUUUGUCCUCUCUGGACAUUGUGUCCACAGAACACGUCCUUGGUGCUUUAAUAACAUUUUCACUGUCUACAUGCUCUUUUGUAGUCCAGUCUUCACAGAUACUUGUUAAUAAGGUGAGCAACAUUCAGCAGUAAUCCAGAAAGCCAGUACAUUAUCAAAUUAUGAACAUCAGAGUGAUUGAUUUUUCUUUACAUGAUAAAAUAGGCUUCCCAUUAUUGUUGCAUCUAGUAAUAAUGUUGUUAGACCUACUUUAUCUAUAACAUGCUCACUGAAGUAACCACAGGUUUCUAUGGGCUGUGCUUCUACCACCUGCAUUGUAUUGGCUGAAGUCUGAGUAAUUCUGGACUUGAUGAAAUAGGACCAGCCAAUUGAAAUGCUGCUUUUGGAACAUUGGAUAUAAUACAAAUAUAAUGCGUUCUGACUUGCAGCAUAAUUUCGUUCGAUAUCUGCAUGUAGCGAAAGUUAUGUUUAGUUAGCUCGUUGUAUCAUCUUGCCUCUCUGAGCUAUCUUUUGUUAGUUAUCCACACUUUGAAGUAGUAUAUUAGAGCAAAGUAGAAACUUUCUUUAAAUAUAUUUGCUGCAAGACUGAAGAUAGAACCCAUCUUUUGACUUCUAACAUUUCUGUAGUUCCAUACGUUUGUAAGCCCUGCUGGCAAUAAUGAUGACCUUGUGGAAUGAGUAAAAUAUUUCCUAAAACACACAUAAUAAUUCUUCAUAUUCAAUAUAAUUGUUUUUCUUAAUCCUACUUUGCAGUGUCAAGUUCAUAAGCUUAAUUUAAAAAAUAACUACCCAUUGCUGUGGUACAGAACUCUAGGUAAGGCACAGACAGUAACUAAUAUGCUAUUGAAUUUUGUACAAUAUAUGAUUUUAUAAUAUCAAAGAUACUGGAUACUAGUAUUAUAUUAAUCAAAAUUAUCAGUGUUCCUUUAAUUGCCCUUUUGCAUAUAUAUAUAUAUAUAUAUAUAUAUAUAUACCUUAUUUUUAAGAACACAUUCAUUUCCUAAAGAACUGCCAUUAUUUGAGGACAUCACUCACACAGCGCUCUAAGAAUUUGAGAAUAUAUUAAGGAAAGCACUAGAAUGAGUUCUAUCAGGCAAAACUAGAUAUUUAUCAGAUACCUGGCAACAAUGUAACCGAAGCUUAAAUGUCAGAGAAUACCAUUUAUAUUUAUUGUGCCUGCAUAAAUAUUGUUUCUACACUUAGAAACAAUAAACAAAAAACAAAAAAAAUCAUCCAUAGCGAAAUGUAUCUCUGGAAGAAGAGUUGUAACUGUUUAGAAUUUAUUUUGGCAAAGUAUAGGACACAGUAUUCUGCCUAGACAAGUGUUUGCUGUACUCACUAGGGACAUCUACUAGAGGGGCCAUUGUAAUGAGGAUGUUUAUAAACUGAAAUGGCCCACGAGAAUCUUGUGUGCAUAUUGGAGACCUUGACUAUUGUCCUGGCAGGUGCAGGUUGAUUAUAUUCAACCAGGCUGAUGCCAUGUAACCAACUGACAUUGUCAUUGUGACAGGCAACAGCCUCAGUACCUGUGACAUUUCCUUUCUUCAUAAUGAUAAAACGCUAUCAUUCUUUAAUCAUACAAUAAUGACUGUGCGGGAGGUGAAAUAGAAGGAUCUUCCCAAAUAUUCAUUAAGAUUGGCAAUUGAAUUGAAACUUUUUAAAUAUGUGUUGAUGGAAUAUUUUCUGGAAUGAAAAUUUCUCCAUUUGUGAAGGAAAUUUUGAAAAAAAAUUAUUAGAACUUACAGGCUUUCAAUAUUUUUUAUUAUAGCUUUAAAUUGGAACUAAUAUUGUUGGGGAAAGUUAUAUAUCAUAUCUUGUUACUGAUAAGGCACGUUAAAGAUAUACUUUACUCAAACCAUGCCUAUUUUUCAAAAGAGUUCCUGAAGAGAAUGGGUUUCAGAGUUAAUCUGUAUAUUUAUUUUAAUUACAAAUUAUGCCUUAAGCUCUGCUUCUAAGAUUUCAAAGUGAAACGUAAUGUGCUUUGCUCUCUAUGUAUUUUGAUGACCACUGAGCAAAGCACCAUACAGUCACAUAAGAAUGGGCAAUCCCUGAAAUAAGAUUAAGAUAGCCUUGUGUGUCACCUAAGACAAUUCAGUUGGGUGUUUUUCUAUGAUAUAAACCACAGCUGUACCUGCCUCAUCUUGUGAAAAUAAAGUAUAAAAUAUUCAGUGUGGAAUGCCUGUCAACAUUUAGAAAUGUAAGAUGAUAGACUGCUCUUCCUUUGCCUUCCCACAAGUGACCCUAAGUUCAUCUCGAUGUACAUUUCUGGAAAGUUUUGUAUAUGUCACAAUUGCUGAUUUAGAAAAUAAGACAUGCAUAAAAGUGACCCUCAAAAUGAAAGAUAAUGGGUGUUUUCAUAGAGAUGCAUAUUUUAUUUUCAUUAAAUGUUAUGUUAUGUGAAUUUAUUUAAAUCCAUAGUAAAUUGUUUUGCUACUGAGCUCCUUUUAAGGGAAAUGUCCUUGGUGACUGAAGCACUCAGGCCCUGUCCUGCUGUGGUGUCAUAUGGGCAUAAUGCUUCAGAGAGGGACCUACUAGAGUUGCUGUGUUUGGCUGCUUAACAAAUUUGAAAGCAAAUGUCCAAUUUUCUUUGAGAAUAUGUGUUUUGCCUGCUGUUUCAAAUAUAUUUUCCAAGGUUUAUUUCUUUCCUUCUAUACUGUGUGGACAAGGAUGUUUUUAGAUUAACAAUUUUUUGCCCCCUAGGAUCAAAUAUAGAAUAAUUCCUCAAGGAAACGCAUGAAUGGAAUGAGAUAGUUAAGAGUCCCACAGUUUCCUCUGGUUAGCCUGAGGCAUAGGAGGAGAAUUUUCUGUCUAGUUCCAAAUAGUAAGAUAGAAACGCCUUGAAGUCUUUCCCCUACUGUAAAUUGAUAUUCUGUCUUGAAGGAGCCAUUUUAAUUAAUUUCCUCAGUCAAACAUUCUGUGCAAAUGUUGAGACAUACAGCAUGUUAACUUUAUGGUACCUAUCAAAUAGUUUUAUUUUAUUUAUAAAGUCAGAAAUGCUCUAUUUAGGCUUCCUGGAAAUAGAGACAAUCAUUUUAAUUACUAAAGGUGCUACUUAUUUUCCAACACUGACCUUGAUCAAGAGUGCUCCUGUCUGCUGAGUUUUAUGUGUUCUAUUUUUAGGAGUGGGGAGCAGUGCAAUAAAAUUCAUUUAUCUCUUUUUUUUGAAUUAUGCAACUUGAGAAAAAUCUAUAACUAUUUGUACUCUAUUGUUACUGUAUUUUAAUGAUUACCACUCAUGAAUUUAAUUGCAGCUCUGUGCUGUUUGUUAAAAAGUACAUGUGUAUAUAUUUCUAUAGUAUGUAAGAAAAACUUGUAUUGCUUUUAUUAAAGUAAAAUUUAUGUUCAUGUUGAGUUUUAAAAUGAAAUCUGUAACUUUGUCCUUAACCAUCAAAUGCUGUGCUAUUCUAGUAUCAAAACAUGAUGUCCAACUCCAGCCCAUGUGUAAGGGCACUUCUUUGCCUGGAUGUAUAUAACUGAUUAAUAUCAAUGGGAAGAUUAAUGUCAACAUGAAAAAUAUAUUCAAUGACUUCUAAUGGCUGAAAA